AUCGGGCACAAGGACCCCAACGCGCUGCUCGGCUACCAGCUGUACCUGGACGACGGACGGGGCGGCCCCUUUCAUCUCGAGUUCGACGGCACGCAGCGCGGCAACCGCAUGACGAACAACACCCUGGUCGAGGGUCUGACGGCUGGCCGGAUCUACCGGGCUUAUGUCGUCGGGGUAUCCUGGAACGGCGUCGGCAUGCGCGGCGAGAUCUUGUACUUUCCGAUGAUGCGCCCGCCGGGAAGGCCGCUGGAACUGUCGUACACGAGGCUUUCAACAAGAUCUAUCACCUUGCAGUGGAAAGGGUCGUCCGUGCCAUUCCAGGAGCUAGCGCCGCUGAAAUACCAACUGAUUCUCUUCUCCAAGCGCACCAGGCAGGGGACGUACGAAACGUGGUACGCGAUCGACGUGCCGGGGACGUUCUUCGGUCCGGAGACCAUGUUCAACUUGGAGAAUGACAGAACCUACCAGCUCAAGAUCGUCGGUGUCAACACGCUGGGCACGUUUUCCCAACCUUCCGCUCCGGUGUACUACCUCGCGAGUAACGUUCCGUCCUUCCCUACGCCCAGAAAAAAACCCAUCCCAAUGCCAAUCCAUUGUGGCUGCAUGCAACAAAUCAUGAAAUAGUAAAUUAGAGCUCUUUUUGUCAUGCGAAGAUGGAUGCUGGCAAAGGCAAAGCCAAGCCAUGCUAACGGCGCGGGGUUCUUUUCUGUGGAUAUGCCCCUCCGGGGACAACAAAGUGUGGCGCACAGCGUCGAACCGCACGUCUGUGACCCUCCGGUGGGUAACCGUCAGUCGUGGUGACAUUGGCGGUAACGUGGAAAUCUUCGACAGCAAGGAGUCUUGGGGAUUUCAGGUUUAUGUGUCCGAUGAGUUCAAUGCGACAAAGUGGAUGGCGUGCGACUACUACGGGGAGGGGAACGACAGAACCACCUGCGUUACCCCUUACACCCAUCCUCUCACUUGCGGAAUCAUCUACAACUUCUGGAUCGGGAUAAGGUCCAUUGUAGGCCUUUCCAUCCUGCCUGUGCAGCCGCACCUGUCCUUCCGGCUGACAGUGCCGCCAAGUGAGCCCCGCAACCUCCGCGUGAUCACGACUUCCAUGCGCACGAUCAAGAUCGCCUGGGACAUUCCCUCCACUCCGGGUUGUGAGAAGCUGUUCCAAUACCGCAUCAAGCGGCUUCCCCACAACCACGCUUCGACCGACCCAUCGUUCCAAGUCGUGGCGAAAUCGCUGACCGCGGACCAGGUAACGGACCAGAACGCGUUAGCGCCGCCCCAGGAGUACACCGACAACGGCGCUUGCGGGACGAGUCAGGGGUGCAGUUGUUCGGAUGAUCCGCUGGAAAAUCACUGCUUCAUCCCCGGAAGGAUGUACCAGUACCGAGUGGAAGCACGUGGCGCGGUUUUGGACGACACGGGCGGGCAGUUCGACGGGCCAGCCGGGUAUUCCGUCUCUUCCAACACGAUCACAACGUACGCAGCGAACCGCCCGUCGGCUCUGGGCAGCCCGCCGCAAUGGACGUUCUCGAAUCGCACGACGAUCAUCAUCCGGUGGCAGGGGCUCACGGUGGACAACAUUUUGAACUUUUUGCCCGUCACGAGCUACAGCCUGUACAUGGCGUCGGGAAUCGCCGAUCCCUUCGUCUUCCAAGGGAAUUACACCGGCACCGAGGCGGUUAUCCACGGACUAUCUGGCGGGGGUACGUACCGCUUCUAUGUGAAGGGUGUGAACGCGCUCGGCGAGGGAGAUCCGUCAGCGGAAGCUUGUAUCCUGGCUUCCGACCGGCCAGAGCCGCCGCUCGAGCCGACCGUCACCACCCCCGGG